GUCAACCCAAAGGAAUAGUUCAAGUUGCAUUAUUAAACUACAUGCAUAUACUGACGCAAGAAAAUUAUUUUAAGCCAGAAUGACCAAUUUAACCUCUUUUAAGAGCAAUCGAGACAUCUGACUUAAAAAUUUGGCUGAUGAGGCAUGCUCACUGAACAUGUAGUAAAUGCCCAAGAAGUUCAGACACACAAAGAAGGAUUGGCAUGAAUAAGAUGUAUACCUUAUUUUCUUAUAAUACUACCCUGAACGACACUUCUUCAGACUUUUGAGCUUAUAGCGAAGAUCUAAUUAAAACUUGCACAAUUAGGCAAUACAGAAAUAUUUAUGAGCACUAGAAGGCAUUUAGACCUGCCAGAGUACUCUCUCUAAGCCUGAGGAGCUCACAUUGACUUUAAGGCAUUACUAGGGGUUACCAGGUUAUCUUCCUAGGAAUCUUGUGAAUUUAAGUUGAGUGUACUAGAAAUAGAGAAGUAAAUAAGCCAGUGAAGAGAUUUGUGAAUUAAGGAUAAUACUCUGGAAAUAUGUACACCCUCAAACCAAAAUGAGACUUAGUU